AGUUGACCUAUCGAGUCAUCCAUCUUAACUUCACUCAACACCUAUACUUCUUCAUAUACUCAUCUCUACAUGGCUCAGUCUCCUCAGCCCGGCCCUUCGUCCGCUGCUGGAUCUUCCGCUGGUUCGCUCCAGAGAGGAAAGGCUUGUCUCAGCUGCCGUCGUCGUAAGAUGAAAUGCGACGGUGUGCGUCCUGUCUGUGGCCAAUGCAACCGUGCUGGUAAGCCCGACGACUGCGAGUAUACCGAUGGACAAGGUCGUUCGAGGACUCAAAUAUUGGAAGAACGAAUCGCCGUCCUUGAGGCUCGCAUCCAAGAGCUCGAGAACCCCGACGAGGAGGCAUCGUCUAUCAUACUUCAUGACCCUCACUCACCGACACCCUCUAGCCAUUCUCGAACGUCUUCGCACUCCGGUAGUGGUGCUGGGACAUUGCACGCGUUCGAUCCAUGGACUCAGUCCGUCCAAGCAGAAGGUGUGACAGGCCCAUCGCUACAUUCUUUGGCCGGCCCCAAUCCUUCAGAACUAGAGCCCACCCUCGAUCUAGUACCAGAAUUUUUAGAAAUGUUCUUCCGCCACUCGAGCCAGCUCGGAUGGUUCUUGUACGCACCCCGCUUCCGCGCCGGGGCUCAACUCCCUUCGAUUCCACCUAAUCCAAAUCGUCCUAUCCCCUUGCUCCUAUCCACGGUCUGGCUUUGGGCUGCAACAUUGUCUCGACUUUCUACCACGCACGAAUAUUCGGACCGCGAGCUCGGUCUCGCCACCCGCGUCCGCUCGCUCAUCGGCGUUCAGCUCUCAAAUUUAACGCCAAACCAGGUUCUACAGGUCCUACAGGCGAAGGUGCUUUUCGCCUUGUACCUUCUCACCACUGGGCAAUUGUUGGAGGGAAAACAGAUGUGCGAUGAGGCGACGUCGCUGGCCCUCGACUGUGGCCUCCAUAAAAUCAGGUCAGCUCAGCCGCUCAGGACGACUGGCCUGUUGGAGACGGCGAGUGUGAUCUUGCCAGAGCCUUUAGACCAGAUCGAAGAAGGCGAGCGUCUGAACGCUUUUUGGACGGUCUUCUCGAUGGACAGAAGCUGGGCUGUUGUCCUCCGUUCUCCUACCAUCAUCUCCGACGACGAUCUCCUCGGUGCCCAGAUCGAUACCCCAUGGCCUCUCGACAUGGAAACAUACGAAAGGGGACAGAUCUAUCCGAACCUUCGCACAAGCGGGACUCUGCGCAUCUUCCUCAGCGGAUUCAACACAAGCUGGCCUUGGGAAAACCAAUCCAUCCUUGCCCUCACGAGUAAAGCUUCGGCCCUUUUUGAAAGAGCAGGAAGACUAUCCGCCUCCUGGCGUCCUGGCUCUCCCAAUGUCAACGGCUUCUACACCGAAUUCCUCUCCCUCGACCAACGCAUCGAGGACUUCAAAUCGCAACUGGCACCGCUCGCGAAUCUCGACUUCGCGACCGACUUCGACCAGCUUCGCUCGUUACACAUCGUCCAUUGCCUUGCGCACGCGGCGACCAUACAGCUGCACGGGCCGUUUGCGGAUCAGAAUCAGAACUCUAGGGUGAAGUCGUUGGGUGCGGCGAUGGGGAUCGUUCAUGCGAACGCGGAGUCGAGGUCUUAUGACUUCUCAUGCAUGCAUCCGUUGAUGGCGAUGGUGUGGUCUAGCGCGGCUAGGGUAAUCAUUGACGAGAUCGCUGCCCUUGGAGCGUUCAACGUCGGGCAGCCUGUCGUUCAACCUGAACAAGAACUUGAGUUAAGGAACGCCGUGGAGAGGCUGGUCACCUCGAUAUCGAUUUACGCCCCAUGCUGUCCUCUCAUGAACUUCCAGUUGACGAAAGUCCAGCAGGCAUACGCUGGUGUCUAGAUUGGCCAAUAUCACUCGUUCACCUUUGUCAGGCAUCGGGCGGUCACCGAUUGGUUUUGCGCCUAUUCGGCCCACGACACCUUCCCUUAGAGACGUUUAACGUAUGAGCUGCCACACAGUUUUCUUCCAUUGUAUGAUAGGUCCUCUCGUUCUCCCGCUUGUUCUAAUAACACACUGUUGUACUUAUACUACCCAGCUCAUUCACAAAAGCUCACCGUCCUCAUAAUAACACGCUGAUCGUCCUGCUUUCUCG